UAACGCAAAUUAAUCGUUUGUUAAGUUUGACCCAAACUUCUUGCCAUCAUCGCAGCGCGGAUGGUUAUCUAUUAUUGUGUGAUCAGGGUAACGUCGCAGCGUCACACACGUGUUUUACAACAUCAUGGCAGAGGAUAGGACGCCUGGUCUGCUGAACGGCAAAUUUCGUUUUAAAAAGCUUCCGGAUGGAAGUUUUGAUAAAACCAAAGUUGUGUGCACUUUUUGUAGUGAUGAACUAUCCUUUCACCGAAGUACAACAAGUUUGAAGUACCAUCUUCGGGCCAAACAUAUUUUGGCUGAUGUUAGAAAAGAUGCCAGUGCUGCAACGGCAUCAACAAGCCGCGCUCGUCAAAGGACACUGGCUGAGUGUAGCAGGCCCACGCCUGUCAACAAAACAACAUCAGCAAAGCUAACUAAUUCCAUAACUAAAUGGAUCGCCAAAGACUGCAGACCCAUUAGCAUAGUUCAAGACCGUGGGCUUCAAGACAUCAUUCAGAUUGCCACAGGCGACCUAUCAUACCAGUUGCCUUCGAGGGGAACUAUUGUUACGAGAAUGCAUGAACUGUACGACAGUGAAAAAGCUAAAAAACUGAGUCAGUUGUCAGAAGGCACUUUUAUAGCUCUUACUGGAGACCACUGGACAUCAGUAAGUAACCAAAACUACCUUGGUGUCACAGCACAUCUAGUCGAUGACAACUGGCAUCUGCACUCAUUCACUUUAGGAGUGUUAAAAACAGAAGAAAGGCAUUUUGCCGAAGCAUGCGCUAGCCAGUUUCUUGAUGUUGCAAAUGAGUGGGAGAUAACGGACAAAGUCACUACUAUAGGGACUGACAGUGCUCCUAAUAUGACUGCUGCAGCAAGAAGUUUACCGUUCGAACAUAUUCCUUGUGUGGCGCACAUUAUACAAAGGGUUAUCGCCAUGGCUUUUCGGGACAGCGGAUUUGACAGCGUUUUAGCCAAGUGCCGUAAAAUAGUCGGACAUUUCAAGCAUAGUCCCGCGAACACUGCAGAGCUGAAAGCUCUUCAAGUCUCCCAUGGACUAGCAGAGGAGUCUCUUGUUCAGGAUGUACCGACGCGCUGGAAUUCAACUCUUGAAAUGAUAAGGCGACUUCAACACAAUAAAGAUCCAGUAAGUGCAGCGCUGGCACAGCAGAAGCAUAAGUUAGCGAUGCUAACCUCAGCUGAUUACGACAGAUUGGCAAAGCUGGAAACAUUGCUGGAACCUUGCAGGUACAUCACUGAGCUCCUAGGAGGUGAAAAGUAUGUAUCCUGCUCUGUGGUGCUACCUGCGCUGUGCCAUCUCCUGCGUACAAUGGAGGUUUCUGAUGUUGACCCUGCCUACAUAGUGCGCUUCAGGCAGAGGGGAGAGGUGUGGCAAAAGCUGAGUGUGAUGCUGAAGGAUGGAGAACCUGCUCCACAGAGCUCUGGAGCAGUAGAAGACCCAGAGCCACCAAAGAAGAAAAUGGCCCUCCUAAUGAUGGGAUCAGAGUCAGAGUCUGAUGAUGAGGCUGUGUCCACAGAUAAAUGUCUGGAAAGGUACAAGGGAGAGCCCUAUGCCAGCAUAGACACAUGUCCACUACAGUGGUGGUCAGCACACUCAGGUGCCCAUCCUAAGCUGGCCCAUAUGGCAAAAAGGUAUUUGGCUACACCUGCCUCAACAGUGCCAUGUGAGAGACUGUUCUCUUUGGCAGGCCACAUUGUGCAGAAGAAGAGGUCAGCUCUUUCAUCUGAAAAUGUUAAUAAGUUAGUCUGUCUGAGCAACUGGCUGAAAGAAGAGGAUGUUGUGUGA